CGGGCUGCGGCGGCGGCGUAGCGCGCUGGGUCUGAGGAACCCCUGCUCGGCGGGACCGUCCCGGCAGGAUGGGUAAAAAGAUAAAGAAGGAAGUAGAACCUCCUCCUAAGGAUGUGUUUGAUCCAUUAACAAUUGAAAGCAAAAAAGCAGCGACCGUGGUGUUAAUGCUUCGUUCUCCAGAAGAAGAAAUUUUGGUUAAAGCAUGUGAAGCCAUUUAUAAAUUUGCAUUAAAAGGUGAGGAAAAUAAAGCGACCCUCCUUGAACUUGGAGCUGUGGAACCUUUAACUAAAUUGCUUACCCAUGAAGACAAAAUUGUAAGAAGAAAUGCUACUAUGAUAUUUGGAAUCCUGGCUUCUAAUAAUGAGGUUAAAAAAUUGUUAAGGGAGUUAGAUGUCAUGAGUGCUGUCAUCGCCCAGCUUGCUCCUGAAGAAGAAAUAGUUAUCCACGAGUUUGCUAGUCUUUGUCUGGCAAACAUGUCUGCGGAGUACACCAGCAAAGUGCAAAUAUUUGAACAUGGUGGAUUAGAGCCUCUCAUCAGGCUGCUGGGUAGCCCUGACCCAGAUGUAAAGAAGAAUUCUAUUGAAUGCAUUUACAACUUGGUACAGGAUUUUCAGUGCCGAAUUACACUUCAAGAACUAAAUGCAAUCCCUCCUAUAUUAGAGCUCUUGAAGUCAGAAUAUCCAGUUAUUCAGUUGUUGGCUCUUAAAACCUUAGGUAUUAUUACAAUUGAUAAGGAGUCCCGAGUCAUGCUAAGGGACAAUCAAGGAUUGGACCACCUUCUUAGGAUCCUGGAAGCCAAGGAGUUGAAUGACCUUCAUGUAGAAGCACUUUCAGUGAUAGCCAAUUGCCUUGAAGAUUUGGAUACUAUGACGAUGAUCCAGCAGACAGGGAAUCUUAAAAAGCUCCUGUCAUUUGCAGAAAACUCUACAAUUCCUGAUGCGCAGAAGAACGCAGCAAAAGCAAUUACUAAAGCAGCUUAUGAUGCUGAAAACAGAAAACUUUUUCAUGAACAAGAGGUCGAAAAGUGCCUUGUAACCCUUUUGGGUUCUGAAAAUGAUGGAACUAAGAUUGCUGCUUCCCAAGCAAUUUCAGCCAUGUCUGAGAAUUCAGGCAGCAAAGAUUUUUUCAAUAAUCAGGGGAUUCCACAGUUAAUUCAGUUGCUAAAAAGUGACAAUGAAGAAGUGAGGGAAGCUGCCGCCCUCGCCCUGGCAAACUUGACCACCAGCAAUCCUGCUAAUGUGAAGGCUACCGCUGAAGCCGAUGGUAUUGAUCCGUUAAUAAACCUCCUGUCUAGCAAACGAGAUGGAGCCAUCGCCAAUGCCGCGACAGUGCUGACAAACAUGGCUAUGCAGGAGCCGCUGCGCUUGACCAUCCAGAGCCGCGGCGUCAUGCUGGCCAUUAUCGGCCCGCUGCACUCUGCAAACACGGUGGUGCAGAGCAAAGCUGCGCUCACCGUGGCCGCGAUUGCCUGCGAUGUCGAGGCCCGGACAGAGUUAAGAAAUGCCGGCGGGUUGGAGCCCCUGGUGGACCUCCUGCGCUCCAAGAAUGAUGACGUUAGGAAGCACGCCAGCUGGGCCGUGGCAGUGUGCGCCAGCGACGAGCUGACAGCCACCGAGUUGUCCAAGCUCGGGGCUUUAGAUAUCCUCGAUGAAGUUAACCUAUCAGGAAAUCGAAAAAAUAAAUUCAGUGAGGUAGCUUAUAACAAAUUGCUCAACAACAAUCUUCCCCUGAAAUAUAGCCAGACUGGCUAUUUGUCAUCAAGUAACAUAAUUAGUGAUGGCUUCUAUGAUUAUGGCCGGAUAAAUCCUGGUACCAAACUUUUGCCUUUGAAGGAGCUCUGCUUACAAGAACCAAGUGACUUACGAGCUGUGCUCUUAAUCAACAGUAAAUCGGAUGUUUCUCCACCUGCCUCUACAGAAGAUAAAUCAUCCGACAUUGGUUAUGGGCGAAGUAUUUCUUCUUCAUCUUCCUUGAGAAGAGCAAGUAGAGACAAGACUGCUUAUCGUUUUAGGACUGGAUUUGGAUCUCCCACAGAAGAGAAAUCAGAACCUACUUCAGGACGAAAUACUGCUGUUAGUAAAAGUGGCACUAAAGAAAAAGGAGCCAGGAAAGGCAGAGGGAAAAAAGAAGAGGAAAAACUGAAAGAGGAAGAAGAGACUCUGGCGGUACCAAAAUUGGUUAGCGAAGGAAGCCCUGAGAAAGAGUGGUACCCUCCCUUUGACCCUAAUUUCUUUAUGUACAUACAUGAGGUGAACAAAUCAAUACUGCCUGUAACCAAUAUUAAGGAACAAAUUGAGAUUCUUGCAAAGUAUGUGGCAGAAAAAAUGGGUGGUAAGAUUUCAAAAGAUAAAAUGCCUGAUUUCAGCUGGGAACUUCAUAUAAGUGAACUAAAAUUUCAACUUAAAUCCAAUGUUAUACCCAUUGGAAGUAUCAAAAAAGGAACCUUCUACCAUCGAGCUUUGCUUUUCAAGGCUCUGGCUGACAGAAUUGGCCUUGGCUGCUCCCUAGUUCGAGGGGAGUAUGGCAGAGCGUGGAACGAAGUUACCCUGGUACACGACCGGAAGGGGGUGAUUGGGGGCCUUUCCCCUCCUGACAUAUACAUUGUAGACCUCAUGUUCCAUCCGGGGAUGCUGAUGAAGUUAAAAAGCCGAGAGGCUGAUCUUUACAGAUUCCUUUAAACUAUCCAGCACACAGGAGUUCCAACAAGAAACUGGCUGUCUACACUUUUCAAGUUCAUCAGUUGAUCUGAUUGAUUUAAAUAAAAGUAUUAGAAAUGUUCUGUGUGUAGAAAGAAGGAAAAUUUGCAGUGAACUCUGCUGUGCUUCUGAUUGCAAGCUGUUGGUAAGAGCUCACGGUCUCAUUAGAUCAUCUUACACUCACUGACCUUCAUGGAAUGCUUAUUAUUAUUGAAAUUAAUCCAACCCUCUGCUUGCUAAGGAAUAUCUGUGUUGUUUAAGAAUCAUACGUAUCACUCACUGCUGCUCCCAGGACAACACAGUGGCCUCACAACUGUCCUUCCUCGUGUCCAGAAGGCUCAGAGACACUCAGUUAAACAACUCAAUGGCUUUUUAAUGUCUUUAGUCACUUGGUCUCACUUUCAUCAAGUAAAAUUUUGAUAGUAUAUUUAUAUAAACCUAUUUCAGUAUUUAUAAAUUCCUUAAAAGUUUUGUUUAUAGUUUUUAAAGCAUCUUAUUAAACACUUUUUAAUAUACCUCACUGAAUCAAAAUAUUUCUAGAAAAUAUUUCCAGAAAAUCUCUUUGCCUUGUCUGUGUGAACUUGGAAAUAUACCUUCAGUUAAAAACAAUUUGAUUUGCUCUUAUGCAUUAUAAUGUUGGGCCACCAGAAUAUUAUUUUAAAUUUAUAGAACUUAAAAAGUUUUAGGUUUUAGGAAACAUAGGAUAUACAAAUAAAGUGAAUCUUUGCUAAGGAAUUGCAUUUUCAGCAGUGAGCACAAAUGGGGAGUAAAUACACACUUCAAAUGGUUAAGACAAAUAAAAAUUAGCAAUAUGAUAAAUCUCAUAAAGGGUUUAUUUUCUAAUCAGGCUUUAAGUCUGAAGUUUACUUGCAUAAUCAUUUUCCUAGAAGGUGUUUUGAAGUGAAUUUGAUUUCAGGAAUGAAAGCUAAAAUUGUUUUGUGUGAGUCAAUCUGUAAUUUCUAAGCCUAUAAUUCUUUAUUUCAGAAUAAAAUUCUUUAUUUCAAAAGGUAUAGUAGUUAAAUUUAUCAUACACUUUCAUAAAGUUAG